AUGAACUUUGGCCAUUUGUUGGAGAAGAUUCCCGAAAAUGAAGAUAUUGGAGACGUUGCUUCAGAAGUAGAUAAAGAAGAAGAAGAAGACGUUGACGAUGAUCUUGGAGACUUGGCCGACGAAAGUAGCUCUUCUGAUGAGGAAGACGUCGUCAGAAAAGGGACAGGAGACGUUGUUAUCGUCCCGAUGACCACUUCAGGAUCAUCUGCUCACGACGUGAGUCUUCUGAAUACUAACCAGCACAUUUUCUUCUGA